AUGACUCUACCUGUUUUGGUGUUUGUAUAAUCUAAAAUAAAAGCUGAAGCUUUGACAUAUGAAAUAGAAUAAUUGAAAAUAAUUAAAGUGAAUUGUAUUAAUGGAGAUAUGGAGCAAGACAAGAUAAGAUAUUGCGGAAUAAUUUCAUAAGGGUACAAUUUGGAUGCGUAUUUGUACUGA